AUGAAGGUAUCAAGAGUUACGAUUCUCAUUCUCUUUUCAAUAUUCAUUACCUUGUUUAUAUCUUGCGUUGAUGGUCAGUCUUGCAAGGCGAGUGGAAAGUUGAGAGGUAAAAAACCCCCCCAUGGGACAUGUGUGAACGAUCCAGAUUGUUGCAAAGAAGGCAAGUUAUACAACACGUACAAAUGCUCACCCGUUGUCACUAAACAUACAACAGCCACACUAACGAUAAACAGUUUUCAAAAAGGAGGGGAUGGUGGAGGACCAUCUGCAUGUGAUGGUAAGUAUCACUCAGAUAAUACGCUAAUUGUUGCAUUGUCCACUGGGUGGUAUAAUAACAGAAAAAGGUGUUCUAAGUUUAUCAAUAUACACUAUAAUGGUAAGAGUGUAAAGGCUAAGGUGGUCGAUGAGUGUGACUCCACUGUAGGGUGUGAUGCUGAGCAUGGAUACCAACCACCAUGUCCUAAUAACAUCGUGGAUGCAUCUAAAGCUGUUUGGAAGGCCCUUGGGGUGCCUAAGAGUGACUGGGGUGAGGCCAAAGUUACCUGGUCAGAUGCUUGA